CAUCCAGUGGUAUAUUAGUUCAUAAUUGUUUGACCAAAUUUAAAGGAUAUGCUGACGUUGACACAAAAGGUGGGGUCUCUCAGACUAUAAAAAAUUGUGGACACAUUAUUCCAAUCUUACUUUGAUGCUCAUUCAUUUAACAUAUUUGUAUGCAUCCGUUUUCAACUCUCAAAGACUGUGGUGGAGAAUCCAACAAUGCAGACCAUGGAUAUUGAUGAUGACACGUCUCCCAACAAGCCCAGUGUUACAUUUUCAGCUAAUUUUCAGUGGUGGAAGAGACCCUCUGGAAUUGCUGCAGUGUGUCUGGGGCUGCUGUGUGUUCUCCUAUUGGCUGGGAUCAUAGGCCUGUCUGUCUACUAUGGAGUCAUUGAUCAUCACUACUCAACAGAGGGAGACCAACAGACCAGUUACAGCCUUCUGACUAAAGAAGGAGAUCUGCAACCAACCAGUUAUAAUAACUUGACAAAAGAGGGAGCCGAGCUACAGAGCAGUUACAACACCUUAACUCAAGAGAGAGACGAGCUACAGACCAGUUACAACACCCUGACUAAAGAGAGAGACGAGCUACAGACCAGUUAUAACACCCUGACUGAAGAGAGAGACCAGCUACAGAACAGUCUCACCACAAGGACUGCUGAAAGGGAGAAAUUACAGAAUAGUCUUAACUCAAGGACCGCUGAGAGAGACCAGUUGCAGAAUAGUCUAAAUACCAGAACCACUGAGAGAGACCAGCUACAGAAUAGUCUCACAACCAAAACUAAGGAGAAAGACCAGUUGCAGAAUACUCUCACCACAAUAACUCGGGAGAGAGACCAGUUGCAGAAUAAUCUAAAUACCACGACCACUGAGAGAGACCAGCUACAGAAUAGUCUAAAUACCAGAACCACUGAGAGAGACCAGCUACAGACCAGUUACAACACCCUGACUAAAAAGAGAGACCAGUUACAGAAUAGUCUUAACUCAAGGACCGCUGAGAGAGACCAGUUGCAGAAUAGUCUAAAUACCAGAACCACUGAGAGAGACCAGCUACAGACCAGUUACAACACCCUGACUAAAAAGAGAGACCAGUUACAGAAUAGUCUCACAACAAAAACUAAGGAGAAAGACCAGUUGCAGAAUACUCUCACCACAAUAACUCGGGAGAGAGACCAGCUACAGAAUAGUCUCACCACGAGGACCAAAGACAGGGACCAGCAGCAAAAUAGUCUUAAAGUUAUGACUGCUGAUAGGGAUCAAUUGAAGAAUAGUCUUAACUCACGGACCAAAGAGAGAGACCAGUUGCAGAAUAAUCUAAAUACUAGGACCACAGAGAAAAACCAGCUACAGAAUAGUCUCACAACCAAAACUAAGGAGAAAGACCAGUUGCAGAAUACUCUCACCACAAUAACUCGGGAGAGAGACCAGUUGCAGAAUAAUCUAAAUACCACGACCACUGAGAGAGACCAGUUUAAAACCAGGCUUAGGUUCUAUGAGAAACCCUGUCUGGAUGGAUGGUGGAAGUUUGGCACCAGCUGUUAUUAUGUCUCCUCCACGAUGGACUCAUCUGGGGCCGGUCAGAAGGAGUGCAGAACAAUGGGAGGAGAGUUGGUUAUUAUAAACAGCAGAGAAGAACAGAUAUUUAUCCAUGGAUUUAAGAAGAAUGUCUGGAUUGGUACAUAUAAAAAAGAUGGAAUCUGGGAGUGGGUUGACGACACACCAUUUAAACCUACAUAUUGGAUGGAAGGGGAACCUAACAACUUGAAUGACAAGGCGGCUUGUGUUGAGAUCUCACAGACGGCAUCAGACCCACUGAAGAGUUGGAAGGAUGGACCGUGUAUUCCAAAACACUGGGUGUGUGAAAAACCGUUCACACCGUAGUCUAAUUAUAGUAGCUACUGUAACCCCAUAUCUCAUGGAGUUGUUCUGGUUUUCCCUGUUAUUCUUAAGCUGUUUUUGUUUCUAUGUGGAACUAACUACAUUGAAAGAUGUAUUCCUGUCUUUAAAGAGACCAGAGCUAUGUGGAGUCUACCGUUCAUCAGGCCCAGGGGAGUGGAACUGGGGUCUCGUAGGCUCUAACUGUGGUUUACAUUUGUACCUAUAUGGUGUACAUAUACCAAUUUAACAAGAUACUGUUUCAUUUAAGUUUUUACAGCUAUCAAUCCAUUUGAAAUGCAGCAGUGUUCU